CAUCUAGCUCUGCAGUAAAUAUGUCUCAUUUGAUCAUCUAUUACCUUUGCAUCCAAGUCUUGUUGCAAACUGUGUAUGGUCAGUGUUUGGGACGUGAGGAUUACAGUGGAAACCAUAUCGGCACGUGUAUCGCCCCCCUCGGCGGGUCUGACUACGGGCCUGUCUGCUACGGCGGCUCUAGGAAGUACGGCGGGUCUGGCCUAGGCAGUCUGGCUAUCGCUGGCGAGCUCCCAGUCGCUGGUGCCGCCACUGUAGGCGGACACGUGCCUAUCAUUGGUGUUGUAGAGUUCGGUGGGCGGGCCCGUGCCACUGGUGUGAUCUUCAUCACCGGCCACUGCUUUCCUGCCUGCAGAUGCGGGGGAGCUUCUAUCUUUGACUGAUAAAUCAUUACUUUUUAAACCUCAGGUUCUCUAACUACAUUUCAAUAGAGGGAAGUGUAAUUGUCGUAACUUGAAAAACCAACCAACUUUACACCAGAUAUUGGAAUAGUGAAUUAGCCCCAAAAUGUAAGUUACGACAUUUCUGCUUUCCUCCGUCGAUAUCACGUUACAAGGGAAAUUUUAACUAAUUAAGAUUCUAGACUUUAAAAUAAUAAAUAAUUGAUUUACAUAUA